UACUACGAGUCACCGUUUGGGUCAAACUUAACCCGUGUUUUCGUUCACACCCCGCGUGUCCUCGUUCUCGCGUUAGCUUUGAGCUAGUUAACCGGUGUGAGCCCCUGCCAGGUCCUGAGUGUGGAACUACAUUAAGAAGAUGGCAACAGAAGCGAAGCGACUCAAGGUAGCUGGUGAUUUCCAGGCCGGUCCGCUGCAGAACUUUCUACGUUGGUGCGACCGAGUCGGCUUAGUACUCAGCAGUAAGGUGUGUGUGAGUAAAGAGGGAACAGUGGCAGAGUAUGGGAUGCUGGCAAAGGAAAGCAUAGAGGAGGGGGAGGUCUUAUUCACCAUCCCCAGAUCAGCUCUUCUCCACCAGGGAACCACCCAGGUCUCUGCCCUGCUGGAGAAAGAGAAGGCAUCUCUGGAGAGCUCGUCUGGCUGGGUUCCCUUGCUUCUGGCUCUGCUGUAUGAGUAUACGUCCUCUCAGUCCCACUGGAGACCCUACCUCUCUCUGUGGACCGACUUCAAGACACUGGACCAGCCCAUGUUCUGGCCUAAGGAGGAGAGAGACGGACUGUUGAAGGGAACAGGUAUUCCAGAGGCUGUGGACAAAGACUUGGCUAACAUCCAGAGGGAAUACGAGGAGGUGGUCCUUCCCUUCAUCAUGAAGCAUCCGGACCUCUGGAACCCCGACACACACACACUGGAGCUGUACACAAAGCUGGUGGCCUUUGUCAUGGCCUACAGUUUCCAGGAGCCACAGGAAGAGGAGGAUGAUGAAGAGGAGGAGGAGGAGGAGGAGGAGAAGGCACCCAACCCACCAAUGAUGGUUCCCAUGGCAGACAUACUUAACCACGUGUCCAAUCACAAUGCUAAUCUGGAGUUUACACCAGACUGUUUGAAGAUGGUCUGCGUCCGCUCCAUUCAGAAAGGCGAGGAGGUAUUUAACACCUAUGGGCAGAUGGCCAACUGGCAGCUGCUGCACAUGUACGGUUUCACAGAGGCGUAUCAAAGCAACAGCAACGACACAGCUGACAUUCCCAUCAUCAACCUCUACAAAGUCGCAACACAAGGUAUUCAGUCUGAUUUGGACCGGCAGCUGAUGGAGGAGCAGUGGGAGAUGAUCUGUCAGGUGAUGCAAGACAAAACAGCAUUUGUCUUUGGCAAACAGGGCUGCCUUACAGACACAGAGCUACAUACUAUGCUCAAGGUGCUGGGCAUGUCAGAGGAGGAGUUCUCAGAGUUCAAAGAAAAUGAAGGCUGGGAGGAGGAGGAUGAAGAGGAAGAUGAGAAGAUCUCUCUUGCUUUCUCUAAUGAGGGUCUACCUGGAUUAAAGUAUUCAUGGAAAUGGCUAAUUCAUAACACUGCCUGUAUGACUUUGAGAUCCUAUGGAGACCGGGACAAGGAGGAGGGGAAGAUGGGGGAGGGAGAUGGAGUGGACAGCGACCAGGCCCUGUUAGAGGACAAGGCAGCGUUUGCAAAACUGAACAGCAGGCAGCAGAAUGCGCUGCAGGUACGCUGUGGACAGAAGAGCAUCCUGUACAGACUGAUGGAGCUCACUAAACCGUGAGUUCAGGACAUGUUUGUCUUUUAAAUGUCUCUCUCUUGAAUCACUGUCAAUAAAAGACAUGGUGUGUUAACCAUACACACUAUUAUUAA